AUGGGCUCCUUCAAUCCGAACAAGAUUGGUAACAAGCUGAAGAGGAACGAGCAACACCAGAAGCUCAAGAGGGAGAAGGAGAAUGAGAAACGAGACGAGCGCAUGCGCCGGCGCAGACACGAGGACAAAAAUCCACACUUGCGAGAUCAGCGACGGGCGAAGAAUGUGCCAGCGACCAUUGAUCAGAAGCGCACCUGGGACGAGAUCGAUUCGGGCGAUGAGGACGACGUUGGUCUAGGGAGAGCGUACGACAUUCUCGACCCGAAACGGAGGAAAUUGGAGAGUGUUGCAGAUGUCUCAGAACUACUGCCAGAAGAGGCCAAAGACGACGCAGAGGUGCCAGACGCGGACGCAAAGGACGUACUACCGAACGACGACGACGAUGAGCACGACAGCAUGUUGGACUCCGACUCCGAGGGCGAGGAGGCAGACGAAGCAGAGGACGAGGACGAAGACGAGGAUGGCAUAUCACGCAGACCAGCCAAACGCGCCCCCAGCGAAGCGCCGAGCAUAGCACCGUCAGCAGCGACAGGAGUGACAGAUCUCACAGUACGGCCGGAAGCACUGAAAGCGAAAUUCCCCAGUCUGUUCGAGGACACGGAUCGCGAGCCGAAAGUUCUCAUCACCACAUCCAUCAACUCCACCUUACACCACGAAGGCCAGCUCCUCACAGGACUCUUCCCCAAUAGCAAAUACAUCAAACGAACCGCCCACUUCCACGCCUACAAAUACAGCAUCCGCGAGAUCUGCUCCUACGCCUCCGAUCCCGACCGAGGAUACACGCACGUCGUCAUCCUCAACGAAGACCAAAAACGCCCCAAAGGGAUCGACAUUGUCCACCUCCCGCACGGCCCCAUGUUCCACUUCAGCAUAUCCAAAUGGAUCCCCGGCAACAAACUGCCCGGCCACGGAAACCCCACCAACCACUACCCAGAACUCAUCCUCAACGGCUUUCGCACGCCUCUCGGUCUCCUGACGGCGCAUCUCUUCAAAUCGCUCUUUCCGCCACGUCCAGAAAUCCAGGGUCGGCAAGUUCUGACCUUACACAAUCAACGCGAUUACAUUUUUUUGCGCAGACAUCGCUACGUCUUUCGGGAUAAGAGGGGCACGGAGAAGCCGAUCCAGGGCGCGGAUGGGAAGCCGAUGAAGGGCGCGGAGGAUAUUCGAGUGGGAUUGCAAGAGCUGGGACCGCGGUUUACGAUGAAGUUGAGGAGAGUGGAUAAGGGGAUUCAGAAGGCGAGUGGGCAGGAGUGGCAGUGGAAGGCGGGAGAUGAAAAGGUGCGCACGCGCUUUAGCUUGUAG